UGUGUGAUUACGAUCAGGCAGAGUGGUACACAGGUACUGUAGUCUGUACCCUGUACCUAUUACCACCAUUUUAAGCGAACACCAUCAAACUCAUAAAUAACCUGCCACUCACUCGCUGCACACUAGUCCUUCAGUUUCAGUCCCCUCGCAUCGCCAUAACCACCUCGCCCAAAUCGAAGCACACUAGAGAGCCACAAGACCCCUCCUCCCGACACAAACAACCAACCACACUACCCUUCGCGCUGGUCUCGACCACCGGAGAUGGCCGCCUAGCUAGUGUGCCGGUGGCAGCUGGAAGGCAUGGGCUGCUGCUUCAGCAAGAAGCGCAGGAAGCAGCUGGCCAGUGCAGCUGUGUUCUCCCGCCGCUGCAAGCCGCCGGCCGAGGCCCGCGACCCGCCGCCCCCGCCGCCGUUGCCGGAGGAGGAGAAGGUCAAGGAGGUGCUCUCCGAGACCCCGAGCGCUAAGGUCAGGGCCGAGGCGAAGCCCGUCGCCAAUGUGGCUGUCUUGGAGGAGCCGGAGGCGGAGAAGCAGGCGCCGAAGCCUAGCGCCGAUGCGGAUGUCACGGUGAGCGAUCUUGGUAGCUGCAUGUCGCUCGCCACCGACGAUAGGUCCGAGGCGGCGUCCGAGUCGUCCGUCGCGACCAGCUCGGUGACCGGGCCAGAGCGGUCGCCGGGGAAGCCGGCCAGGAGGAAGCGCCCGGUGUCCGUCUCCGGCGAGCUGGCCCAUGCCAUUUCCCGGCGCGACCGCGCCGCCGCCGCCGCCUACGGCGUCCGCUCCCGCAGCGCCCGGGCCUCGGCGUCCCCUCCGCCGCGGCGCGAGCAACGGGACCGCUCAGUGCGGAGGUCGCCGUCGCCGGCAGCGAAGCGUACACCGGAGCAGCGCCGCGCCGCGAGCCCAGCCCCGUCCCUCCAGCGGAAGCCGCCCGUCCCGGUGAGGCCGUCGCCGCGGCGGGUGCAGGAAGCGCCUCCUUCUCCGCUCGAGCCCCCGCCUCCACCACCUCCGCAGCCAGAAGAGGACGCCAUGACCGCCGACGGCGAGCCCAGCAUUGCGGACGCCGCCAGCGCCGGCGGCGACGGCGAGGGGAAGGAGUCGCUGGACAACCCGCUGGUGUCCUUGGAAUGCUUCAUCUUCCUCUAGUGGCGCUGCACUACCGCCGUCGUGUCCUCCUUCGUCAGGUGGCAUCGCGCUAUUUUCCUUUGAAAAUGUUGCGCUAAUCUUGUUUAGUUUAGAUGUUCUGUGUUAAGCUGGUGUGGUAAUUAGUGGGUAAACUACUUGUGGUGGUGUAAUGCUACUGUCAUAUUCCGGUUAUUAACCUAUGUCGGGUGGAAUGACAGCAGCUUUGACUUUUGGCGUAGGAUGGGCCCUCCGAUUGGAAUUGGACGGCGCUUGAACGUUGGAUGUUUCUUUUUGGCUUUUGGACUAGCCCUCGCUGUAUUUUGUAGAGCUCUUUUUCACUAAUCGUCAAUUCGUCAUGUCUAA